AUGAUGAUGCAAGGCUCCCAGUUUCGAGUCCUCCGACGCGUGCAGUUGACCAUGCAGACGCAUCCAUUACCGACAACGUUAGCUCGCGCUUUCUCGACGCAUGGCGACGGGAGCGCGGAGGUCAGUGAGCAACAGAUGCUGCGUGCGCUUGAUAAGUUUCAAAAGGAUGCGGCCGCCAAUACAGUGCCGUGGUUCCUCGAGAACAUGCCGCCAUCGUACUUUCGCUCCAUCCAUGAGACGGACCGCUUGCAACACCUGAACGCCAUUACGGCGCUUCUGGGCGCGGAACAACCGGAAGUAUUGCUGCGCUCACCGGACCAAAAGGUCUUUUCGCACUUUCGUUCAGGUGCCAACUUCCCUGGACGUCUGGCCAAUGUGCUGGAACAGUUACCUCAGACGGUAGAUGGCGCCCCGCUGGCCCGUGUCAAAAUCUUCACAGCUCUGGACGACUCGCUUGGUCUUGACAUCUUCCAAUUUGGACAGCAAGAGCCCUUUUUAAACAAGACCAAGGGUGAGAAGGAGGCCCGUAACAAAAUCCAGGAGUUCUGCGCCGACAUCCAGGCUGGCAAGUAUGUUGGUGACGACUACUACCCGGUGGCGGGCCCACACUUUGAGCCUAAUGUUGUAGACGCCUAUCUUAACAAUAGCAAUACCAUGUACGUCCAGUUCAGCCACCCACGCCGCCUUGCCAAGCAGCUCGAGCUGUUUCAGCGCGUGCGUGGCACCGAAGGUGUUGCCGUUGACGUCGAACACAAGUGGGAAAUUCGUAGUGAAGAGAACAAGUUUGUCUCGAGCGGUGCCCCGCAAACUAUGCUGACCAUUGCGGCGGCUAACGUCAUCCCCAAGAGUUUUAUGCAAAAGGCCGCCACCUACCUAGGUCUGUGCAACCUCAAUGUAGUGCGCGCACACUUGGAUGUGGUUAAGGAUCCGGAGAGCAAUAACGGUGACGGCCACGUGGCUAUGGUUCGUAUCCUGGUUCAGCCCAGUGAGAAGGCUCUGAAGGAUAACUUUGAGUUUGAGUGGUCUAAGAUUUCAGGCAACCUCAAGUUCCUCAAGUGGGUCGAUGACCGAUCGGUUCACCUUACACUGCAGCACCCCGACCUUGGUAUCUCGCGUGCCGAAAUCGUCUACGCCUACGGAAAUAUGCUGCAUGGUGUCCUUGCAAAGCGUGACCCGUUCGCGUACUCGUUGACGCGCAUCAUGGAGACGCUGGAGCACAAGCAGCACCUGACCUUUGCUUCGCGCAUCGCGGACUUUUUCCUGAGAAAAUUCGAUCCGCAGCAAGGAAAGCUUGCGGAUACCGAGCAGGACGCUAUUGUUGAUGAGAUCAAGGCGGACAUUCGCCGGAACGUUGAACAAGAGGACGCCAUUGAGCUGCUGAACAACAUGGCAGAUGCCGUCCGUGGUACGCUGCGUACUAACAAAUUCGUGCAUGAGCGCUACGCUUUGGCGCUCCGCAUGGAUCCCAGCGUCAUGGGUCACGGCACGGUGGGUAAGGACACGCCGUUUGGUGUCUUCUUCAUCUAUGGCCGUCGUUUUAAGGGAUUUCACGUGCGCUUCCGUGACAUUGCUCGUGGCGGUCUCCGCAUGGUUUAUCCCAGCUCCACGGACGCUCACGCGCUCGAGAGUGCUCGUCAGUAUAACGAGGCGUACAAUCUUGCCUUCGCGCAGCAGCUAAAAAACAAGGAUAUCCCAGAAGGCGGCUCCAAGGCUGUGGUGCUGUGCGACCCUAUUGUCGGACCUGUUGGCGACGUUGCCCCACGUGACUUCAUUAUUCGCAAGAGCGUCAAGGCGUUCUCGGAUGCGCUGCUUGACCUGAACACCACGGACGAGGCUGUGAAGGAGAAGAUUGUGGACUACUAUGGUAAGGACGAGCUCAUUUACCUCGGCCCAGAUGAGAACAUUAUCCCAGAGGACAUUGUCUGGAUGACGAAACGUGCUGGUUACCGGGGGUAUCCGGUCCCGCGCGCCUUCAUCAGCUCCAAGCCUGACGCUGGAUUCAACCACAAGGUGUACGGUGUUACUAGCGAGGGUGUGGCCGUGUUUGCUGAUGUUGCUCUGCGCUCGCAGAACGUUGACCCGACCAAACAUCCUUUCACUGUAAAGAUCACGGGUGGCACUGACGGCGAUGUGGCCGGUAAUGUCAUAAAGAUCUUGCACCGCGAGUACGGCUCAAACUUGCGUAUUGUUGGCAUUUGCGACGGCACCGGCGUUGUUGAGGACCCGCAAGGUCUUGAUAUGGGAGAGCUGUUGCGUCUUGUAAACGAAUCACUGCCCCUGUCAAGUUUUGACGAGUUGAAGGUGGCUGACACUGGCGUGAAGUACGACAUUAACACGGCUGAAGGUAUCCGUGCUCGUAACUCGAUGCACAACCGUGUAAAGAGCGACUUGUUCAUCCCCGCUGGCGGCCGUCCUAACACCAUUAACGAGAACAACUGGCGUGAUUACCUUGAUGCUGAUGGAAAGCCGUCGGCGGGCCUGAUCGUAGAGGGCGCCAACUUGUUCAUCACACCCGAAGCGCGUCAGCUUCUGUUUGACAACGCCGGUGUCGUGAUUGUCAAGGACAGUUCGGCCAAUAAGUGCGGUGUGGUGUGCUCUUCGUAUGAGAUUGUGGCUAGCAUGUUGCUGGAUACUGACGAGUUCUUAACCGUCAAAGAUGAGCUAGUCGUACAAGUGAUUGAUAAGCUGCGUGCAUUGGCUCGCGUCGAGGCGCAACUACUGUUCCGUGAGUACAAGAAGGACCCGACGUCAGCUUUGCCGCCUGCUAGUGAGCGCAUUAGUCGCGCCAUCACACGCGUCCACGAUGCCAUUCUUGCUCACUUUGACGAUCUAUGCGAGGAAGACCAGCAACUUUUGUUUACGCUCAUUGAGGAACACUUGCCGCCCAAGCUCCGCGAGUUAGCGCUUCACCGCGUGCAAGAAAACGUGCCGCUUGCCUACACCCGCUCCAUCGUAGCUUCGAGCUUGGCCAGCAAGAUUGUGUACCGUGAGGGUCUGCAGUUCACGGAGGCUCUACCAGACAGCAACCUGAGCAACAUGGCUCUGCAGUAUCUCAAGCAGGAGAAAAAGGUGCAGCGUCUUGUAGAGGAUGUUCGCUCAUCGCAGCUGCCCAACAAGGAGGACAUUGCCGAUCUUAUUGCUCGUGGUGGCGUUCGUGCCGGCAUGGAUACACCGAACUAA